UCUAGAAACAAACGUAUAAAAGCUAUUAGGCAUUGGGAAUUUUGUUUUAGAAUAAAAUGCCGUUGGGUAAAUACUACUGCGAUUACUGCGACAAGGAAUUCCAGGAUACUGCAGCUGCUCGGAGGCGUCAUCUUCAAGGUGUUCAACAUCAAAGAGCCAAAGCUCUUUGGUACGACUCCUUGCGCAAUCCCCAGUUAUUCAACGAUCCGGACUCGUUCGGUAAAGGAGUAUGCAAUCACUUUGUUCGAACGGGGUAUUGCCAGUAUGGGGACUCCUGCAAAUAUUAUCAUCCCAAGCAAAACUCUCAAACUGUGAACCAAACAGGACUCCCUCCAGGGGAAAAUAGUAGAGAGGGUUUUCACUCAAGUAGUCAACCUUUUGGUUCGGCCUCUUUUCCAGCAGGUGAUGUGUUCAGAGAAAAGGCCGGAGCAUCACUGGGCAAUCUGCCUCCCUCUCUAAGGCCUCCGCCUGAGGGUGGUUAUCCACCUCUCCCAUUUGUUGAGUGGGGAUAGGUCUGCCACCUCAUUUACUACUCUUGUCAGAUAUGCUUUAGAGUAUGUUGACUGAAGAUGUAGAUUGCCCAAAAUAUAAAUACUAUAUUGACUAUGGAAGAAAUAGAUGUCUACAAGUUCAGUUGAGUGAUGUGCAGUUAGAAACAGGAAAUCAAAAGUUAAUGUUGGUUUUAAUUUAAUUAUAACCUGAUUAUCCUUUUA